AUGCACGCCGUUUCUAAGUUGGUGGCGGCCGGGGGCGCUCUGGCGUUCUGGCUGCAACCGGCAGCGGCUCAGGCGCAAUGUGCCAAUAUCUCCUCGACCGAGACGUAUGACUACAUUGUCGUGGGAUCCGGCGCAGGCGGCAUCCCCAUCGCGGACCGCUUGAGCGAAGCCGGCCACAAGGUGCUCCUGAUCGAAAAGGGGCCGCCGUCCACCGGGCGAUGGGGCGGAAUCAUGAAACCGGACUGGUUGGCUGAUACCAGCCUGACUCGCUUCGAUGUACCUGGCUUGUGUAAUCAAAUCUGGGCCGAUCCGACUGGCGCGAUAUGUACCGACGUCGAUCAGAUGGCGGGUUGCAUGCUCGGCGGCGGAACCGCGGUCAACGCAGGGUUGUGGUGGAAGCCGCACCCUGACGAUUGGGACGUCAACUUUCCCGAAGGUUGGCACAGCGAAGAUGUAGCGGCCGCUACGGAGCGGGUUUUCUCCCGGAUCCCCGGCACCAUCGCGCCUUCGAUGGACGGCAAGCGAUACUUGUCGCAGGGCUUCGACAUGUUGGGCAACAGCCUCGAGACGGCGGGCUGGGAAUAUCUGAUUCCAAACGAUCAUCCGGAUAAGAAGAACCGCACCUUCGGACACAGCACCUUCAUGUACUCCGGCGGCGAAAGAGGCGGACCCUUGACUACCUAUCUUGUGUCGGCAUUUGAGCGCAAGACCUUCACUCUGUGGAUGAACACAACCGUGAGACGGGUGAUUCGGGAAGGCGGACAUGCUACCGGUGUCGAGGUGCAGUGUAGCGGAGCUGGCCAUGCUGGCACAGUCGCCCUCACCCCCGGCACGGGUCGGGUCAUCAUUGCCGCGGGAGCGUUUGGCUCGGCAAAGCUGCUAUUCAGGAGCGGUAUUGGGCCGACGGACCAGUUGAACGUUGUCAAGAACUCGACAAUUGACGGCCCGACCAUGAUUGAUUCGGAGCAGUGGAUCAAUUUGCCGGUCGGCCAUAACCUGAACGACCAUGUCGGGACGGAUAUUGAGAUUGCUCACCCGGACGUGGUUUUCUACGACUACUAUGGUGCUUGGGACGACCCCAUUAUUAGCGAUACCGAGACUUACCUGGCCAACAGAACUGGUCCGCUGGCCCAAGCUGCCCCUAAUAUUGGACCGAUCUUCUGGGAAAUUAUCACAGGAAGCGAUGGGAUCCCUCGUCACCUCCAAUGGCAGGCCCGUGUCGAAGGCAAACUCAAUAGCACUCUGUCCCGAGGCCGGAUGACCAUCACAAGGCAGUUGAACACCAUCGUCUCUACGCCUCCCUACCUCCGUGACGAACAUGACAGGGAAGCAGUCAUCCAGGGGAUCACCAACCUUCGAGAGUCGCUGAAGGGAGUGGCAAAUUUGACGUGGAUUACCCCUCCCUCGAACGUCACGGUCGAGGAUUUUGUAGACUCGAUACCGGCUACUCCUGCCCGCCGCUGCUCGAACCACUGGAUUGGAAACCCAUCGGCUGCCAUUGUUAUUGCGGCGGAGCAUGCGGCGGACAAGAUUCUGGCGUUACCGGCACCGAAGGCCGCGGAAUCUUCGUAG